CGUGAGGCGAGCCGGUUCUUCUUGGUCAUUUUCGGCUUCCUUCUGCUCGCCUUCGAUGGAUCUCAUUUAGAUGCUCAUCCACAACAGGGAACUUGUUCAGUCGAAUCCGAGACCUGAGGUCCGUCUUGACGCCCGUGCACGACUGAACCCCUGGUGAAGGGAGCCGGCGGGCGACGAAGGAGGAGGGUCCGGAGAGGCCGAGGAUGGCCGAGCAUCUCCACAGCAGCACGCUCUCGGCGUCCGGGGGCAACCAGCCCAUUCCUUUUCUCACCCUGGAGCAGAAGGCGGCCUUCGUCUUCGUGCUGCUCCUGUUCAUCUUCCUGGGCCUGCUGAUCGUGCGCUGUUUUCGGAUCCUGCUGGACCCCUACAGCAGCAUGCCCUCCUCCACGUGGACGGACUAUAUGGAGAAGGACACGUUCGACUACCGCAUUGCCUGA